CACGCAGGCACGAUGGGUUACACGUAGCCUAUCUUUCUGGACGGCUAAACACCAUUUUACACUAUCGAACCUCGAAUCUACAAUUCUUCACGCCUUUCCUACAUGUCCUAAGCCCGUGCCCUUUUUAGGGGUUAGUAUUUUUUUAGUGAGAGCUGUAAACUUUUGUGUAAGUAAUACUUAGUAAUACUCAAUAGCCCCCACUUGUGUGGCCAAGGAUUCAGCUAUCAUUAUAUAUGCUUGGCCUUGAAGGUUUCGUGAGCUGGUUUGUGUUUGCAGCGUACAUCACACUAUUUGUUAAUAACAAUUUGUUGGUGACAGCAUCAAAGAACAAGGACAAUCAGUACAGUUACAGCACCGUCUUGGUUGUUAUAUUGAUUGAGUUUUCAAAACUCAUCAUAUCAAUUUUACUAUGUUUGCGAAGCCAAUCAGUUACAGCCUCGUUUCAAGAUUUCACAUCCAACAAAAAAGCCUUUUUGUACUACAUGAUACCAGCGGGACUGUACUGCAUUUGUAACAACCUGGUGUUUUUCAACCUGGGGCGUUAUGAUAUGACUACUUACACAGUCCUUAUGCAAUUUGGUAUAGUCACCACAGGGCUCACUUACCAGUGCGUAUUUCAGAGACAACUCAGUUGUGUGCAAUGGAUGUCCCUACUCAUCUUAACCUUAGGCUGUAUCAUGGCACACUUCAACAGUGUUGACCAACAAGAGAUCAUAGUCAACUCAAGCAUCCUCUUUGUGCUGAUGCAGUUAUUGUGUUCUUCCUUCGCGGGCGUCUACAGUGAGUUCCUGCUGAAAAACUUCAGUGUUGGGUUGAGUUUCUGGCAGCAGAACAUAGCCAUGUACACAGAUUCUUGUAUCUUCGGAGUUGUGUCGCUUGCAUUUACUCGGACCUUAAACAACGACUUGUUCAGUCCUCAGAGUAUCCGUUCAUUGUCAAGGCCACUGGUUAUUGCCCUGAUUUGUAAUAAUGUAGCGGCAGGGCUGGUGACGAGUUUAUUCCUGACCAAAUUGAAUUCCAUCUUGAAGAAGUUCGCCGUGGCAAUUGAGAUGAUCAUUCUUGCCUUGAUAGGUCAUUUGUUUAUGGGGCAGACAGUAAACUUAACAAUGGCUGCAGCUGUUUUCUUAGUUUCAUUUGCCAUCGUUUUGUAUUCACUUUAUCCGCUCAAGAAAAUCGAGCCUCAAAUCGAACAGACAGAACCUAAGGUAAAUGGUAAUCCCUAGAAAGUUUACCUUCUGAAAUACAACUGAAAUACAAACAUAUUUCUUAAAGUAACAUUUCUUACCUUUUCAUGCAAUAAUAGCAGGGUGCACAUAUUUUUUUUAAAGUCUUUCUGUAGAGUUUUGUUAAGUGACAUAUCAUUUAGCUCAGAUAAAGUAUUCAAUUUUGUGGGCGUUUGUUUGUUAGGGUGUUUGUUUGUUGUUGUUUUUUGUAUUACAGAUUUAAACUAGAAAUCCUUUUAGAUAUCUAGUUUUCUUUGUUUCUGUAUAGACUGAUCCGACACGCACUGGGCGCACAAGUGAUGAGCACCGUGCGCCAUUGCUGAGGUGUACAUGUGUCUAGUUUUGUGCACAAAGACAUGAGGAAAUCAUGUUUCUUUUCACUCUUUAUGGAAAUUAAAUGUUUUCCUCAAAAA